UAUCGGGAUCGUGCAACCACAUCGCCCGUCUUAUCGCGGAUCCCGAGUGUGAUUUUUGUCGAAUGAACUUUAUAGUGCAGGCGGUUUUAUGGACGAAACAAGCUGAUUAGAGACGGAAUGAUAGAUUUUUGAACUUGUAGAGUGUCCCGUUUUGUUUUUAUUGUAAAGGUUAUUCUUGAGCAUUCUGUGUGAUGGUCAGACAGUUGGAAGGCACCCGGCUUAUCAGCCGGCAAGAUAACGGCCCCGAUCCUCUCUCUUACGGAACCAUCAAAUACGAGCUGCUCGAGCCCCGGACAAACAGAUGCCUGUGCACCAAGAGAGACGCCAUCAUUGUGAGUGCGGUGCUGUUGCUCGCCCUCGUCGCUGUCAUCGUCACCCUCUCCUUGGGGCUUCCCCAGAUAGAGGAGAAACGCCGUCAGUAUUAUGAUACCUCCUUCCCCGUUUCUUCCUCGCCUCUACUCACCUUCGACAAGGCAGUCGUCGUCACCGAUGGCAAACCCUGCGCUGCCAUUGGAAAAAAUAUUCUACAAAGUGGUGGAACAGCGGUAGAUUCUGCUCUUGCGGCCUUGUUUUGCAAUGGCGUCGUGAAUCCUCAAAGCAUGGGUUUUGGAGGAGGUUUUAUUAUGACUGUUUACAUCAGAGCAAACAAGACAUCUGUUGUCAUUGAUGCAAGAGAAACCGCUCCACAAAGUGCAUCUAAAGACAUGUACAAUAGUAGUUCAACUUUGUCUCAAGAAGGUGGUCUGUCUAUAGCUGUUCCUGGAGAGUUGAGAGGUUACAAACUGGCCCAUGACAAAUUUGGCAGCCUACCUUGGAAGAAAUUGAUACAGCCAUCUAUAGAUCUCUGCAACAACGGCUUCGAAGUCACUGAGCAUCUUGCAAGCAAAUUGCAGAAGCUAAAGGACCGCAUAUUGGCUGAUGAUUCCAUGAGGGAAGAAUUUUUUAACAAUGCCACUGGCGACCUUUAUAAAGCUGGCGAAAUACUGAAGCGGCCUACACUUGCAGUUACUCUGAGUGCAGUUGCUGAGAAAGGUCCAGAUGUUAUAUACACAGGAAAUCUGCACAAAGCAUUCCUGGAGGACAUUGUUAGCUGUGGGGGCUUGCUGACAGAGGCAGAUCUCGCCAGUUACCAGCCUUUGCUGAAAGACACUGUGAAGACUGAUCUGCAAGGAUCGGAACAGUUGUUUGUUCACUCCGUUCCGCCUCCCGGGAGCGGACUUAUUCUGCAGCUGAUUCUCAGCAUAUUGGGAAAUUACAACAUGACAGCUGCCAACUUCAAGGACAUUGACGAAGCCACUCUUUAUUACCAUCGCGUGGUGGAAGUCUUCAAAUUUGCCUUUGCUCACAGAACGCAGCUGGGAGAUGAAGCCUUUAUCAAUAUUACUCAGCUCGUUGCAAAUUUACAAUCAAAGGAAUAUGCAAAGUCGAUUUGGGAACAAAUAUCAGAUGAUACUACCUUUCCCAGCUCCUACUACAAACCGGAAAUGGAGGCAAGCUUCGAUGAUGGCACGGCUCAUGUCUCCGUUCUGGCAGCGAAUGGAGAUGCGGUCUCCGUCACCAGCACCAUCAACACAUAUUUUGGCAGCUUAUGCAGAUCCCCCAAAACAGGCAUCAUUCUAAACAAUGCAAUGGAUGACUUCUCGUCUCCGAACAUCACUAAUUAUUUCGGAGUGCCUCCAUCCCCCGCCAACUACAUUGUUCCAGGCAAGAGGCCCCUCUCUUCCAUGUGUCCGGCUCUGGUCAUCGAUGGAAAUGGAGAUGUCCGCAUGGUGGUCGGGGGAGCUGGAGGCACCAGAAUCAUCACAGCAUCAGCCAUGGGCAUCAUUCGUACACUAUGGUUGGGUGAGAACAUAAAGCAAGCUACAGAUGCACCUCGAAUUCAUCACCAGCUGUUUCCAAAUUAUAUACAGUACGAAGACGAAUUCCCAAUGAUAUAUCUUGAUAAACUUCGUAGUUAUGGUCAUUCUGCCAGACAAGAGACAAAGGCAAGUGUCUUUCUGGGUAUCCUGAAAGAGGGAGGAAAGAUAAAGACAAAUGUCGACUUCCGCAAAGGAGGAUCUGCUGAAGGUUUUUAAAUCAAAAGUGCCUCACUCGCAGUAGGUGGCAGCACAUUCCAUGUCAUUGCUACAAACAUAUCUUUUGUCACACACAUAUUUAUUUUAGUUUGUGUGAGAACCUAUUUGUAAGUUCGGCAUGCAAUUUUUUUUUAUACACACAAAAAAGAGAUAAAUAAAAAAAGAUUGAAAUAAUUGUCUAUUUUGUACAGCAAUAAAAGUUUUAUGUUUAAGAGUUA